AUGGCAGCACUGUCUCUUGGACUGGUGAUGUCACAGCUGGUUGUCAGAGCACUUGUUAUCGAUCUGUAUGUGACUCUAACCCUAGGCAGUGCAGUUAAAGUCGAUCUGUAUGUGACUCUAACCCUAGGCAGUACAGUUAAAGUCGAUCUGUAUGUGACUCUAACCCUAGGCAGUGCAGUUAAAGUCGAUCUGUAUGUGACUCUAACCCUAGGCAGUACAGUUAAAGUCGAUCUGCAUGUGACUCUAACCCUAGGCAGUGCAGUUAAAGUCGAUCUGUAUGUGACUCUAACCCUAGGCAGCGCAGUUAAAGUCGAUCUGUAUGUGACUCUAACCCUAGGCAGCGCAGUUAAAGUCGAUCUGUAUGUGACUCUAACCCUAGGCAGCGCAGUUAAAGUCGAUCUGUAUGUGCCUCUAACCCUAGGCAGCGCAGUUAAAGUCGAUCUGUAUGUGACUCUAACCCUAGGCAGCGCAGUUAAAGUCGAUCUGUAUGUGAUUCUAACCCUAGGCAGUGCAGUUAAAGUCGAUCUGUAUGUGACUCUAACCCUAGGCAGCGCAGUUAAAGUCCUGUCUCAGCCGGGGAACACAGUAGAGUUUCCAUGUGACUACAGCUAUGAAGACCACCAGGACAUCCCACAGCUGUCUGUCCAGUGGAGAGGCCCGAGCAACACGCUCCUCUGUCACUACAUCAAACACAAGGCCUUCCAGAACUGCACACAGGGCUACUCACUGGACUACACGCCUAGGAAGAUCACUCUGAGCAUCACAGAGGUCAGAACGCAAGACUUCGGAUCUCACGUCUGCUCCGUUAGCAAGAGACACGAGUUCACGGACUUUAGCAUCGAGCUAGCCGCGAAGACAGAUCCCAUCACUUCCUUACCGACGAACAGGUGGGCUCAGUCAGGUCUUCCUGAGGGACAUCUUGUUGUCCUUGUCUGCUCUGUGUUGGUCAGCACCUGGGGAUGAACAGUAAAAAUACUGGGAAAAUAAAGAACAGAUUGAGAUGACACUUUUUUAAAUAUAUAAAUAUUGUAAUUAG